UGUUUUAGUAUUAAUUUUGAGUGUUUACAUAAAAUGCUUAUAAACAAUCCAUUACUAAAACGUUAAGCUAUUAGCGGAAGCAAAAAGCAAAAAAUUGUGUGGAAAUGUGCCAGGCAAGGAAAAAUCCAGGCAGACGGUAUCUAUAACAUAAACAACAACAAAAGCACUGCCCCCAGGACACUGCACCGUCACGCCUAACGCUCAAGGUUAAACAAAUUGACAGAUGCUUAUGCUGCAAUUGUCGAAUUCUAAGCACUAUGAAAGCAAACUGAGUGCAUUCACUUAAAGUAUUUUCGAAGUUUAAGCAAUUGCCGAUACACGGCAUGUUGUGCUUCGAUUCGGAGAAAAUGAACUGGUAUUACCAUGUGCUGGCACGGCGACCAUACCUGGUUUUUGUAUCCAUUGCUGUUUGUUGCGUGGCCUGCACAAUAGUGGGGCUCAUUACGAAUGACCUCCCUGACUUCAGUGAUCCUACCUUGGGUUUUGAAACGCGAGGUACUGAAUUAGGCAAACGUCUCACUGCUUGGCAUAAUCUGGAGCAAGAGACUGAUGGAAACGGUCAGUUAUUCUCAAAUCCGUUGGAUUUGUUGCAAAAGCUCAAGAUUGAAAGAACGCGCGGUUUGCCCCGUCAACCACAUCCGAACCAUCACCGCCGCAAAGGUCAGGGUCGCAAGCAUAAAAACAAUAAGCGCCGCAAGGAGCACAAGAAACCAGAUCAAACAGAUGUGGCGCAUAUAAUAAACUUGAAUAGACGGUUGAAAGCAACUAGGCGACCGCUAAGCGACAAGUGGCUUGGUGACAGCGGCGUAUUUCGUGACUUCGAAGUCACCAAUGACAGCAAUCCCUCUUUGCUGAAGCCUACACAACACAGCGAGCCCAUUGAGUAUGGACGCAACACUACAUCUGUGGACGAGGAUGAGCAUAGCGAGCGCGUACAAACCAAGAAGAGCACUUGGCGCAUGCUAAAGCAAGCCAAAUUACCCAACAAUGACUUGUACGCAUCAAAAGAUGGACCACAAUCCAUCGAAGGCUACUUCUGUAACUCCUCACCCCACCGCGGAUACUCGCACUUUGUUGUCCAACGCAUUGGACCUAAUGCCACAGACUCACUAUUUGAUUUGAAUGGCAUGUUGGCCAUGUGCCAACUGCAAGAACAAAUAAGUUCAGUGGAUAGCUACGAAGCAUUUUGUGAGCGAGAACUGCUUACGUCCAACUGCUGCCGUGCCUGGUCUCUGCCCAACUAUGCCGCACUCUUGGCGAACAAAAGUUCCUGUUUCGAUUUGACCACCGAAGAUGUGAGACUGCUGCAGUCAUUGCUGCUGACAUGCUACGACUACUUUCACUAUCUAAAGCUAGACAACAAUUGUAAUGAACACAACCGCUGUUAUGCACCAAAGGAAUGUACACAAAAUAAUUUAGUCUACAAUGUGCUCAAUUUUCUGAGCGACAUGAGCUUCAUGAAACCAAAUGAUACAACUGUUUAUUUGAAGUAUGCUAUGAUCUUUGUGCCCAUUGCGCAAUCCAAUCGCAUAUUGCAUCUAUAUCACGAAUGGGAAGCAAUUGAUCUCAGUAACGAGCUGGUGGAAGUGAUUGCUAUGGAGUUGGGUCUAGAGAAUGAGCUUUUCAGUGAAUUAUUGCUCACAGAUGUUUGGCUGGUUUCCUUCGGCGGCCUGUUUGUCAUGGCUUGCGUUUGGUUAUACACAGGAUCUGCCUUUAUAACACUAAUGUCCUGCUUAGCCAUUUGUUUCUCGCUGGGAUUAGCAUACUUUGUCUACACCAUGGUUUUUGAAUUUGCUUUCUUCCCCUAUAUGAAUCUGCUUGCUGUGGUGGUGAUCAUCGGCAUUGGAGCUGACGAUGUGUUUCUCUUCUUGAAAAUUUGGCAAUGUGUACUGGCUGAACGCUUUAGUAAAACAAGCACAUUGAAUACGCAAUCAACGCUGCCAACGGCUUUGGAGCACAGCGAGCAUACGGAAACUUUGGAGAAUCUAAUGGCGCUCACCAUGCGGCAUGCAGCAGCGUCUAUGUUUGUCACCUCAGUUACUACGGCAGGUGCCUUCUUUGCCUCCUACAGCAGCUCCAUAACGGCCAUCAAAUGCUUUGGAAUCUUUGCGGGCACAGUUGUUGUAACCAACUAUUUGCUUAUGAUCACCUGGCUGCCUGCAUCAGUUUCAAUCAUGGAGCGCCUCUUUGCCAGCCGCAUUGCUUGCCAGCAGCAACUGACGCAGAAAUUGCUACGCUCCUGGAAAAAGUCAAUUGAUCGCUUUUGCGUAAUGUUUGAGCAAUGCAUUACCAACAGCAUUAUGAACUAUGCAUAUUUGUGGUUAAUUAUUUUUGCUAUGCUUGGCGCAGCUAGCGCAAUUAUUGUGCUUUGGUAUCCAGGUCUGCAAUUGCCACAGCAGCCACACUUUCAACUAUUUGUCUCGCAUCAUCCGUUUGAGAUUUAUACUAAGUUGAAGCAUCAAUUUUGGUUUGCCAAGCCGAUGCAGGAUAUGGAGAAUCUGAAUAUGACCAUGCGAUUUGUUUGGGGCGUGCAAGCUGUGGACGAUGGCGACUAUACGAAUCCGAAUUCUUACGGCAAUCUGCACUACGACAAUAAUUUUAAUAUAUCAAGCAAGCGAGCACAAGUGUGGCUCAGAAACUUUUGCCGGGACAUGCAACAGCAGCCAUUUUAUCAGCCGACCUUUGUGUUUCUGGAACCCAUCUGCUUCAUUGACAACUUUAUAAGAUUUAUGGAUCGCAGAUGCAUCGACGACAUGGACGAAACGCGCGAAGAUCGGACGCCCUGCUGUGAUGCACAAUUUCCUUAUGAGCCGCACAUAUUCGAGCAGUGCCUGCCACAAUGCAUAUCCGAUGACCUCUCACGUUCAAGAUUCUAUCAGCAAAGCAAGGCUGGUCCCAAAUUCGCUGCUGCACUGAAUCCACAAGCAGACGAAUAUGUGGACAGCGGCAGCAAUGAGAGUUUCAGCUCGUCACAGCAGCUGCUUGUGAAAGCGCUCAUUUUGGAAUUCGACUCGAAUGUUGGCUAUAGCACAAUCUACAGCAACAUUAAGCUCUUCUAUGAGAGCGUCGAGAGUUGGUUUCAGCAAAAGCUAAGCACAGCGCCCUUGGAGUUGCGCGGUGGCUGGUUUAUAAGCGACUUAAAAUUUUAUAACCUACAGGAUACGCUCUCCCAUGACACCAUCGUCGCCAUUGUGCUGGCCAUGGCUGCUUCGCUAAUAGUGCUGCUUUGCUUUACGCUCAACUUGAUUAUUUCUAUAUAUGCCGUCAUAACCGUCUCGUUGACUAUAUUCAAUACGGUGGCGGUGCUGAUACUGCUCGGCUGGCAACUGAAUAUACUGGAGAGCAUAGCGGUAUCGACGGCUAUAGGCUUAGCUGUCGACUUUAGCCUGCACUAUGGCAUUCACUAUCGCCUCUCACACGCCAAGGAACGGGUCGCCGCCACCCAAUUUGUACUGUCCCGCAUCAUUGGACCUACGGUGAUGGCAGCAGCCACGACUGGAUUUGCGGGCGGUAUUAUGAUGGCAUCGAACAUACUACCCUACAUACAGAUUGGUAUAUUCUUGGUUGUGGUCAUGGUCACCAGCUGGCUGUAUGCCACAUUCUUUUUAAUGAGCAUGCUUAAGGUGGGCGGGCCGCAGUACGGUUUCAUGCAAUUGGGAUUUCCCAAGCUGCGCAAACGUUGUACAGCCAAGCCUAGUAAAUUCUAUGAGCGAAAACCCAGCCAAAUCAUUGCAAGCGAACAACUGCUGACACCCACCAGCUCUGCCAUUGUAGAGAUGGUCAACUCUGAGACCCAUGAACUGGCAUCCCUUAACUCCAACAGCCAAAUACGCACCAUUUCGGGCACUGAGAGUGGACAUGGACUUGCGUCGCUGCCCACAGACAUUGAGCAUUCAUUUCAAACGGUCAACCACUGACUUUUGCUAAAGCUAAAGCUACGAGUGAAACUACGAGAAUUUGCAUUUUUAUACCUGCAGACAAGCUCUGACAAAAAAGGGCUGUUCAACAAGGUUAUACAACGUUGUAUACUUAUAUACUUGUAUUAGCAGUUAGUUAGCUGCGCAUUGAAUAGUUUCUAUUGAUAUACUAUAGCGUAUAUGUAUUAUAUGUGUUACUAAUUUGUUAGUGUUAAGCAACCUACAAAUGUUCAACUAACCUGCAAAGUGGUGAGCUAAUUUUAUACUUUGCUAGUAUGAUAGUUAAAUCAAAACAAUUGCAUUGGUUAGUUGAGCAUUUGCAUACACUCUUUGGUGGGCUAUUUUCAAAAGACUUUAAGCAGUUGCAAUGCGCUAUUCCUUUUAGUUUAGUUAGUUAGUUAGUUGUUGUGACGUGUGACGUUACGAUUCGAGCCAAGUGAACACUAUUUGUAAACUGAAGCAAUUAGCGGAGAGUACUAGGUACGUCCAUAGCUGUACGACUGCAUAAUGUCGGUAUUAUUAGUUUUUAGUAAGAGCAUUGAACAUGUCACACAAUUGUUUAUAUGUGUAUUUGUAAUUCAAACCAUAGGUAUACUCUAAAUUUUUAUUAGCUGCUGGCAAUAUUGUUGAUGCUGGCAUAUAGUUUAACAUGCAGACAUACAUAUGUAUGUAUGUAUGUAAUAACCAUAUAUGUUAUAUGGGCAGUAUUAUAUACACCUAGUAUAUAUAUAUAUAUAUUUAAUGUACGUUUCUGUACUUUAUGUGUUGUCUGUCUAUCCUAGAUAUAAAACGGUACAUACACACACGCACACUCACAUACACACACACACUCACGUUUAUAAUAACCAUGUAACUGUGAUACAUAAGGUGACAAAACUUAGUAUACUUCCUAUGUCUGCUAUAAAUGGGGGUAACAAAUCAAAACAUUUACUUCAUGACGUAUUGUACUUAACUGCAACUGAAAAAAUAACUUGUACUUCCUUUAUU